UUUCAGGUUACUGCAAACCGCCUCCUAGCUUCUAAACAAACCAUCCCACAUUACUACUUGACAGUUGACACACGUGUCGACAAACUUAUCAAGUUACGAGGGGAACUGAACCCACUGCAGGAAGCAUCUGGUGGAAAGAAGAUAUCUAUUAACGACCUUGUUAUAAAGGCUGCAGCCUUGGCUCUUCGAAAGGUCCCUGAGUGCAACAGUUCUUGGAUGAAUGAUUUUAUUCGCCAAUACCACAAUGUGAACAUAAAUGUUGCUGUACAAACUGAGCAUGGAUUGUUUGUUCCAGUAGUUAGGGAUGCAGACAAGAAGGGACUUGGUACAAUCGGUGAGGAGGUGAAGCAGUUAGCUCAAAGAGCAAGGGAUAACAGCUUAAAACCACAAGAUUACAAGGGUGGCACGUUCACAGUAUCAAACUUGGGAGGUCCUUUUGGAAUUAAACAGUUCUGUGCUAUUAUAAAUCCUCCUCAGUCAGCAAUCUUGGCCAUUGGUUCUGCUGAGAAGAGGGUGAUACCAGGCAGCGCGGAUGGUCAGUACGAGUUUGGUUCCUACAUGUCAGUAACAAUGAGCUGCGAUCACAGGGUUAUUGAUGGUGCAAUUGGGGCGGAAUUCCUGAAAGCGUUCAAGGGCUACAUCGAGAACCCGAGAACCCGACCCAGUUGUUUUAACUCUUAUUCUUUUCAGGUUACUGCAAACCGCCUCCUAGCUUCUAAACAAACCAUCCCACAUUACUACUUGACAGUUGACACACGUGUCGACAAACUUAUCAAGUUACGAGGGGAACUGAACCCACUGCAGGAAGCAUCUGGUGGAAAGAAGAUAUCUAUUAACGACCUUGUUAUAAAGGCUGCAGCCUUGGCUCUUCGAAAGGUCCCUGAGUGCAACAGUUCUUGGAUGAAUGAUUUUAUUCGCCAAUACCACAAUGUGAACAUAAAUGUUGUUGUACAAACUGAGCAUGGAUUGUUUGUUCCAGUAGUUAGGGAUGCAGACAAGAAGGGACUUGGUACAAUCGGUGAGGAGGUGAAGCAGUUAGCUCAAAGAGCAAGGGAUAACAGCUUAAAACCACAAGAUUACGAGGGUGGCACGUUCACAGUAUCAAACUUGGGAGGUCCUUUUGGAAUUAAACAGUUCUGUGCUAUUAUAAAUCCUCCUCAGUCAGCAAUCUUGGCCAUUGGUUCUGCUGAGAAGAGGGUGAUACCAGGCAGCGCGGAUGGUCAGUACGAGUUUGGUUCCUACAUGUCAGUAACAAUGAGCUGCGAUCACAGGGUUAUUGAUUGUGCAAUUGGGGCGGAAUUCCUGAAAGCGUUCAAGGGCUACAUCGAGAACCCGACCCAGUUACGAGGGGAACUGAACCCACUGCAGGAAGCAUCUGGUGGAAAGAAGAUAUCUAUUAACGACCUUGUUAUAAAGGCUGCAGCCUUGGCUCUUCGAAAGGUCCCUGAGUGCAACAGUUCUUGGAUGAAUGAUUUUAUUCGCCAGUGA